CGUUACAGGCACCAGCGUCUCCCGACCUUCCUCCACCUUCGGAACAAGAACAACCUCGAAGAUGCUUGCUGCUCGGAUCGCGACAAGGGCCUUCAGGGCUCCACACACUAUGCGGCGAUUCAACUCCACGCAACCCAAGCAUCCUCCACAAUUCGAAGCUGCCGCACCACCUCCACCAUCAAGACAUGUAUGCUCCACGCCGUCAUCUUCAAAUUCCCUUUCCGGUCUUCCUUGCUAACGUCCGCCAGAUCGGCUUCUACAAAACAUAUGGAAGGGCCCUGAGCAAAGUACUUUUGAUGACUUUCACAGUCUACCAGGGUCUGCACCUUCUUUGGUGGUCGUUGGAGAAUAAAGAUUCGCAGACGUCAAAGCAAGCCGAGAUUGCAAGAUUGGAGAAUGAAGUGGCCAAUGUCAGUGGAGUAAAAGAAGUACCCAGAAUGAGUCUGGAGGAGAAGAAGUGAGAAUGAUCGGGAGACCGGAACGGCACACGCACGACAAGAUACGACGGAGCAGUUGUAACAAAACGGCCGUAGCCACU